CUUGAGCCGUUAAACGCAACACACACAUCACAACAUGCUGCUCAGGAGCGCUGCCACGCUGACACUGGAGCGGCCUGUGGGGCUGGUCACGGGCCGCGGCGCCGAGCUGCUUGUGUGGAGCGCCGGCCCCGACGCCGAGCAGCAGCCCGUGUCGGAUGGGCGGGGCGGCGGUGGCGUGCCAGCGCACCUGCAUUCGCUGCCGGGGGCCGCGCUGGCAGCCGUCACUGCCGCCGCCGCCGCCGCGACGGACGACCCGUGCGCUGUGCAGCGGGCCUGCGAGGCUGCUGCGGCUGCCGCCGAGGCGAUCCCAUGGGUCGCCGGUACACCCGAGGCAGCCGUGUUCGAGCCGACCACGCGCAACGUCGUGUGGUUCAACGAGGCAUGGGACAGCAGUAUGUGGCUGCUGGGGAAAAAUGGGAGUAUGUCCCAAGCACGGGGCCUCACUAUCGUGACAGCCAGUGGGGAGAGACUGGAGAGACGCGCCAUAGCCGCUGACGGCAAGGGUCGCAUGUUCCUCGUCGUCGAUUUUGGGGAUGUUUACAACAUGUACAUCAUGAACUUGGACUCGGACCGAAUCGAGCUGUGGGUGUUCGGGCCCCAGACCUGGAGCGCCCUGGCAUUCGACACGGACCGCGAAGUGCUGUACGGCGCCACCCGCACCGAGGUGUAUUGCGCUGCUGCCGCCGGCGGCCGGAGUAGCGUCAGCCGCUUUGACUCGCCUGCAAGACGGACUAGCCUGCUCGGAGCAGCGUUCAUCGGCAGCAGCGGCGGCGGCAGCCAUGGCAUAGCGGCAGUACAGCAGGCGGCGGCGUCCCCCGGCCAGGGCCCGUUCACGGGCAUCCGCUGCCUGCUGCCGCUGCCGGGCGGCGCCGGACUGCUGGUGGGCGACGGACCCCACCUGCGCCGCAUUGACCCGGACGGGGCGGUGCGGACGCUGCUGCCCCACGCCCUGCGGAGCACAGCAGCUGCCGACGGCAGUGGUUGCGGUAGCGGCGGCGGCCCAUGUCCCCUGACCAGCCUGGCCUUCGUGCCGGGUGGUGGUGGUGCUGGCGGCGGCACGGUGGUGGCUGCCAGUGCCGGCUGCCCGCGGCUGCUGAUGUGCAGUGCCGAAGAGCUGAGCCUGAGCUACGGUCACCUGGAGGCUGUAGCAGCGCUGCAGCGUCAGGCUGCUACAGCCGUGGCGUACAGCGGCCGCCUGAUGUCGGCUCUGCGGCAGCAGGCGAGCAAUAACGACGUCACGGCGGCAGCGGACUCCACCGCCGGCGCCGUGGCUGCAGCUGCUCAGAAUGCGGCGGCGGUGGUGACCAUUCGCGUCUGCGCUGCGGGCAGUAAUCGUUGUGAAGAAGCUGAUUGUGGCGGCGGCAGCGGCGGCGGCAGUGGCGGCGGUGGCGGAGGCGACGGCGCACCCUCCGCGGCGGCGUGUUUCGUGGCCCACCGGGCGGUGCUGUCUUCCCACAGCGACUUCUUCAAGCAGCUGCUGGCGCUGGAGCCGCCUAGCAGGGGCGGAGGCGGCGGAGGCGGCAGCAGCGGCGGCGGCGGCGACGGCAGCAGCUUUGCGGAGGGCGGCGCGGCGCAGGUGGAGCUACGGGAGGCGGAUCCGGAUGUGUUCGCACGUCUGCUCGCCUACAUGUACACAGGUGCCCUGGGCGAAGACCUGGACCUGCUACAGCCUGCGCAGCUGAAGGCAGUAGCAGAGCUGGCAGGCCGGCUGCUGCUGCCUGGCGCCAUCACGCUGCUACAGCCGCGGCUGCUGGCGGCGGCGGCGACGGCGCCGGAGACGGCUGUAGCCGAGCUGGUUUGGGCGGCAAGCCACAGCCUGACAGGGUUGGUGGAGGAGUUGUCGGGUUUUGUGGUGGCACACGCGGUGAGCGUGCUGCCGGCUACGCCGCAGGAGGCGCUGGCGGCGCUGGCGGCAGCUCAGCCGGAGCUGAUGGCGGCGAUCAUGCAGGCGAUUGCGGUGGCGGUGGCGGCGCCGGUGUAGGCACUAUUGUAGAGAUAAGUGUGGCGGAGGCUGUCAUCAUUGCUGGCAGCCGAGGCAGGGGUGGGGAUGGAGGUGGGGGUGGUCGGGUUGGGGCACCGUACGGUACCCCUUAUCACUUGCCGUGGCAGUUAUAGACGAUCGGCAUCAUGCACGCGCGGGGUGAAGCAGCAAUGCAGCAUCAUGUGGCGUAGACGGAGCAGGUGCCGCUUGGGCACAGCAGGAAAUUUGUGUCAGUGGGGACGGAGUUUACUGGGGCGGCCACUGAGACGGCCACUGAGACGGUGGGAACAGUGGCCACCGGGCUACUGCUGCUGGGGCUAUUGCUGGUGCUGCUGCUGGGGAGGAGCUGCGUGAGGUGGCGCAGGUGGUGGUGACGGCGCCGCAUGCAGGUGCGUGUCGGCGGCGCGGGCGGCGGAGCCGAAUAAUAGUGCCUGGCGGCCCGUGGCGUCCCGGACCACCCGUGCGUCUGGCCACGAUGUUGCAGCACCCCCACUAGGCGCGGUAGUAGCGGUGCUGCGGUGGUGGUUGGGACGGUUUGGGCUUCGUUACUGGAGGAUGAGGGUUAGAUAGCAUGCCGUUGGUCUCGAGCACUGAGUACGGCGGCGUGAGUCUGGGCCAGUGUGUGUUCGGGUGGCGUGAGACUGUGAGGUUGUGUAAGAAACCAGUCAU